UUGUGGUUCAUCCUUGAACUCCAGCGCAAGUAGAAUAGCUGCUAUGCAAGUCUGAGAGAAUCUUGUCAGCAGCCAGACUUCAUACUGAAAACUACUGAGGAGUUAACAGUCAAUUAAUAAGAAGCCAUGGAUGACUCUAACGGAACCAUGGGCGGAGAAGAAAGCCGACUGGAGAGCCCAAAUGAAGCAGCCCUUUUAGCCCUGCUGGAGAAGACUGGCUACAGUAUGGUUCAGGAGAAUGGCCAAAGGAAGUUUGGUGGUCCACCUCCAGGUUGGGAUGGGCCGCCUCCUCCUCGGGGCUGCGAGGUGUUUGUGGGCAAGAUCCCGCGGGACAUGUACGAGGAUGAGCUGGUGCCAGUGUUUGAGCGUGCUGGACGCAUCUAUGAGUUCCGCCUGAUGAUGGAGUUCAGUGGCGAGAACCGCGGCUACGCCUUCGUCAUGUACACGACCCGCGAGGCGGCCCAGCGCGCCAUCCAGCUGCUCGACAACCACGAGAUACGACCUGGGAAGUUCAUCGGUGUGUGCGUGAGCCUGGACAACUGCCGCCUGUUCAUUGGCUCCAUCCCUAAGGACAAACGCAGGGAGGAGAUCCAGGAGGAGAUGAUGAAGGUGACUGACGGAGUUGUGGAUGUGAUCGUUUACCCCAGUGCCACUGACAAGACGAAGAAUCGUGGCUUCGCCUUCGUGGAGUACGAGUCCCACAAGGCUGCAGCCAUGGCCCGCAGGAAACUCAUACCAGGAACAUUCCAGCUGUGGGGUCACACCAUUCAGGUGGACUGGGCAGAGCCAGAGCGCGAUGUGGACGAGGAGACCAUGCAGCGGGUGCGCGUGCUCUACGUGCGCAACCUGAUGCUGCACACCACCGAGGAGACGCUGCGCACCGAGUUCUCGCGCCUGAAGCCCGGCGCCGUCGAGCGCAUCAAGAAGCUCACGGACUACGCCUUCGUGCACUUCCAUUCUCGCGAGGACGCCGUCGCCGCCAUGCACACGUCCAAUGGUGCCAUCGUCGAUGGAUCCCCCAUCGAGGUCACACUCGCCAAGCCCGUCAGCAAGGACGGCGGACGGCGCUUGAACGCCCGCGGCGGCUGUGGUGGUGGUGCGCUCACCAGCAUGCCAGUGCCCGGCCCUUACGGCGACACCAAUGCCUACGUCUUCCAGGGCAAGCCGGAGGACCUCGCCAGCAUGGCGGCUGUCACGGCGAGUAUGGGGGGCCUGAAGCUGAUCACCAACGGCGGCGGGACCAACUCGGGGCGUCCCCUUGGCCUGCCGUCGCGCCUGGGCAGCCCGUGCCUGCUGGACGUGGAACGCUGCGUGUUCCCGUUUCACCCGGGAGCCAGCCUGGUGCCCGUGGGCCUGCAGGCGCUGAAGCCCGGGCAGCUGAGCUCAGCCGUCAGCCUGCUGGAGUACCACUGCCUGAAGAACGGCUGGGCACCCCCCGAGUACUACCUCUACUCCACAGUGGCCCAGGAGGGCAAGAUGCUGCUUGUGUACAAGGUGGUGAUUGGGAGCACGCGCAGCAGCUUCAUGCCCGACAAGGUGUGCACCGUACUGGAGGACGCCAAGGAGCUAGCCGCGCAGCACGCACUCUGGAGCCUGGAUUGCUCCUUCCUGGGACAGGGCUCUCCUGGCAGCCUGUCCCCACCAGCUCCUUCCUCCUCCCCCGGUCUGCUCUCCUUCGGCUGCCGGCCUGUGCCGUACCCCAGUUACCCUCUGGCGCCCCUGUCCCCUCCCCUGCCCCUCAGCGGCGCACCAGGCCAGAGGAUCUACCUGCCCAGCCAGGGGCCCUUCUACUGACCCCCCGCAGCCGGCUAGCAGCCACUCGCCUGUCCUGUUUAAGAUGUCAUGCAUCACUGGCCACUCACCUGUCCUGUGUAACAUGUCAUGCAUCUCUGGCAGGACAGUGAGUUUUGUAGACAGGGGAGUUUGGUGAGAGGAGUGAUGGUGUUGUAUUUACUGCAUUUGAUUGGGGAGUUCUACAGGUUCUGUCUUUUCUGGGGUGUGGGUGGGUGAGGGAAGGGGGGUUUGGCAUGGAUCAAUUUGGUGAUCAACUGCCAUUUUUUGUUACCAGGGAUAGUUAGUAUGAUUGAAUUUCGUUGUUCUUAUCUUUGCUACUUGUAUUUUAACUUUCGCAGUGAAAGACACUGUUGUUGUGAUAGAGAGAGAGAGAGAGAGAGAGAGAGAGAGAGAGAGAGGCCUAUUAUAUAUACUUUCAUUAGUUUUACAUUGUGUAAAUACAGGUUAUUAUGAUAACAUUGCAAUAUUUUAUUUAUUUUUAUACAAUUAACUUUCAUUGCUUUUUAUUGUAAGGGCCUCAGUAACACAGCACCACUGUGAAUCUUGGCCCUAUGCUUGUUGCCCUUGGCAAUAAUGAAAAUAUAAAAUAUUUUCUAUAUUAUUAUAAUAUUUGGUUAUUUUCUAAAUUUAUUUCAAACCCACAGUAUUUUAUUUAGCAGAUUUUGUAGUUUUUAUUUUUUUAUUUUUAUGUCAAUAUAUUAUGGUUUAACCUAGAAAAUGUGCCUAUUUAAAUUUGAUAGAACCUUUGCAACGUUAUUUAACAGAUAUGUAUUAAUGUCUACCCAUUGUGAGGUCCUUAAAAUAUAUUUUUAGUAAAUAAAAGUAUUUAUUUAUUGAAGUGCACAAUUUGUGCACAUCAGUGAAACAUCUAAACAACAUAAGUAAAAAUCACGUCAAUGUUUCCAAAAUUAGCAAUGUGGUAAUAGAAAAAUAUUGGUGAAUACUUCAUAUAUUUAACUAUAAUAAUAUACUUUUAUCAGUGCAGUUCACAUUUCAAAAUUGAUACAGUAUUGAUAUAAUUAGAUACCAUUGGAAUGUCCAGUUUUUCAAAUCAGACAAAUACGUUUUUUAUUUUGUUUAUCUAAUUUGUGUUGGCUUUGUUAUUUGUAAUAGGUCUCCUGCAAUGUUUCAGUGUCAUGAAUUUUGUCAUUUCCAGAUGUAUUGUAUGUAUGUGAAAAGAUAAGGUAAGGGACAGAUAUUCUGCUACAAAGAAAAACAGUGUCUUUACUAUGGCAUCUCAACUAUCCAAAUGUUUUGUAUUUUUUCAUUUAACCCAGUUUGCCCACAGUUCUGUCUUCAUUAGUAGUAGUAACUUUGGAUUUUGUUCAGUUAUUUUUUUUGUCUCUUAAGUUACACCGUUCUGAUUUAUGUCUUCUGUUACAGUCAGUAGGAUGUCAGAGUUGAACUGUUUGCUCGGAGCUUUUUAAUUUUUUUGAUCAUGUUGAUUGAAUAAAUAAAUUGAUUGAUGGACUGUUUUGA